AUGGCUCAUCUUUCUAUUUUCUUUGGCGUGCUUCUUUUCCACAGUGUACACGGUCUUACUGGCAAACGAGGUAUUGCCUACAACAACAACAAUCCCUCCGGUAACGCAGUCUACGCAAACCUUUUUAAAGGAAACAGCAAGGUCUCAUGGGGCUAUGACUGGGGAUAUCCCUCAUGGAGCCUGGAUUCCUCAUUCGAAUUUGUACCGAUGCUCUGGGGGCUCCCUAAUGGGCCCGAUGCAGACUGGACUGCAGCUGUGCAGACUCCCGGAACGCUUAACAUCCUUGGAUUCAACGAACCCGAUCUGACUUAUGAUGCCUCGUCCAACAUUCUACCGGAAAAAGCCGCACGUGGUUAUCUCACGUACAUGCAGCCGUUCGCGGGAACUGUACGAAUCGGAUCUCCAAGUGUGCUGUGGAAUAACGUGGGAUCUUCAUCAGGCGGUGCCUACAACACCGCUACUUGGACUCAGUAUUUCUUGGGAAACUGCACGGGCUGUCAUCUGGAUUUUGCUGCGAUUCAUUAUUACCAGGACUGCGUUACCCCGGAUGGACAGAACGGGGCUAUUUGGUUUGAGGGUAAUGUCACGAAUGCGCAUGAUGUCUUGGGCCUGCCAAUCUGGGUCACCGAGUUUGAGUGUUAUGGCAGUGAGGAACAGCAGAUUGCGUUUUUGGACCAAGCUCUCCCUUGGUUGGAUUCGCAGGACUAUGUGGAGAGGUAUGCGUAUUUCGGUGCUUUUCCGGAUUUUCUCAUCAAUGCAGAUGGUACGGCACUUUCGGAUCUGGGGGAUACCUAUGCCUCCACCUAA